GCCAUAGAUUAGACGUACCCUACCAGAGGCUGAGCAGGACGCGAACUGGCCUUGCCCACCUGUCUGUGAGACUAUUCAACAAGCUGCCAAUAGCGGCUAGAGACGUGUCGAUCAGGCGAUUUCAACUAAAGAGGUGGAAAAACUCAAACUUGAAUUAUUAGAAAACAGAUGUGAAAGAGCGACUUGCCCUCUAGAGCACCAACAGCUUCUUCAAGAAAAAACUUUAUUGAAUAUGAAGCUGAAACAACGCGCUGAUGGGAUUGCUGGUGGAGAACCCAUUGUAUUCCAUCAGUGAAUUCUUAAUGUUAGACAACAUAUAUUAUCAUGCUGAUCCUUCGCGAGCCAUAACUAAUCAAUUACAAAAAUGUUGGUUUUUGUAUUGCUGAUUGGAGUCUCAUGUAUGUUUGCAAUAUUGUGGAUUUUAUACGUGUUGUUGGGAGAUCAUACUGAUACAUUGAACAAACAAACAACGAAGAUGCAACAAAUGCGUAACAACAGCAUAAAUGUCACUCUAGUUUUGAGUAAAGCUUGGAAUAUAAUGAGUUCUAAUGAGAUAAAAACAAAUUUAAUUCUCCAAUUGUCCUCAAGAAGAGCUGCUUUCAACAGGCAACAGUUAUGUAAACAGAAAAGAGAGAAUAAGCUACUGAUGGUCAGUGUUGAGAACAAGAGCAAUCUAUUUCCUGGAUUAAGAGCCAGCAGAUUGAAAUCAAAUGGGAUUAACAUGUUAGAUAUCAAUGACAGUAUAGGUCAUGUACACCACCUCUGCUAAGAACAUCUCGUCUACAAUGAAGAAUGAAUAUUAUGUUAAUGUGGCAACAAUUAAAAACGUUCAAUUACCCAA